CGAAUUUGCGCGCGGUGGCAGGACCGGUCCCGAUGUCGGGGGACCCGGUGCGGGAGCAGCGGGCCCGGUGGCAACGGAAACGCGGCCGCGCCGCCCGGGAGCUGCUGGAGACGGAGCUGAGCUACCUGGAGCAACUGCACAGGGUGGACACGUUCUUCGUGGCCAUCCUGCGGGCCAAGGGCACCCUGAAACCGGCCCAGCGCCAGGCCGUCUUUGGGCCCUGGGAGUCCAUCCGCUCGGCCAGCCAGGAGCUGCUGCCCCAUUUGGAGAAGGCCCACUGGGGAGCAGGGCUGCAGAGUUUCUGCCCCCAUCUCCCGCUCUACAUCAGCUAUGCUGCCAACAGGGAGCAGGCCAAGACCACCCUGCAGGAGAGACUGCAGAAGAGCAAGCAGUUCCGGCGCUUUGUGAAGUUACAGGAGGGACGGCCUGAGUUUGGGGGUCUGAGACUGGAGGAGCUGCUGCUUCUGCCACUGCAGCGGCUCCAGCAGUACGAGGCCCUGACCGAGGCUUUGGCAGAAAACACCAGUCCCGGCAGCCCCGACUACCAGCAGCUCUCACGGGCCGCGCGAUCGGUGGCUGAGGCCGCUCGGCAGGUCAGAGCCAUUGCCCGAGAGCAGGAGAACGUCCAGCAGCUCCGGCGCAUCCAGGGCCUGCUCAGCGGUCGCCAGGCUAAAGGGCUGACCACCGGGCGCUGGUUCUUGCGGCAGGGCUGGCUGCUGGAGGUCCCCGCCCGGGGGGAGCCGCGACCCCGGAUGUUCUUCCUGUUCUCCGACGCGCUCCUGAUGGCCACGCCCCGAUCCCUGCUGCACCCGCUGUACGCCGGCACCUUCUCGUGCCGAGCCCUCUACCCCCUGGCCCAGUGCCGCCUCGACAGGGUCUUCGGCCACACGGGUGGCUGCGGGGGUCUGCUCAGCCUCUCCUUCCCCCACGAAAAACUGCUGCUCAUGUCCACUGAUCCGAAGGAGCUGGCCCAGUGGUACCAGAGCCUGGCGGCAGUCACCAGGAACUCAGUGCCAAUUCAGGAACUGGAUCGAGGGGAAGACCAGGUAGGAGGAUUGGAAAGGCACCCACCAGCUCUUCCUGGCUUGACCUUGAUGUGAUGAAGCAAGAAGCCUUGUUUUUGGAGGAGCCAGGGAAAUUGGGCCCGAAAACAGGGAAAACAAUCAAUCAAUCCAAUCAAUCCAUCGAUCAGCAGCUAAGUGGUUUGGGGGAAACAACCUAGUUUUAGGCAAAGUUAAAAAAAAAAAUUUGGAGCGCUCUUAUUUUGUAAUCUGACUCGUUUUUAUGUUCUUUGGAUCUUGUUGCAGCCUGGUUAUUUCUCGAAAGCUUGGAGGGUUCUGCUCGCUUUUUAAGAUUUUACUGGAAAUAUCUUUAGGCCAAUCAAUGGUAUUUAUUGUGCACUUGUCACGUUUAGAGCACUGCAUAUCCACACCCCUGCUCUUGACAUAAAUUUCCCAAAUAGUUCUGGGUCUGCUGGAUAUAUAUGGGAAUGAAUGUGGGAAAUGAUGGUUGAGCUAUGGCUAUACAGGGCCAGAAGACUAUAGAGAAGACCAAGGAGAAACCUACUGAUAUAUCUUCCCACUACAGCUGUAUGUGCUGACUCUGAAAUAUUCCUGGGUACAUUCCCAGAGGAGGAGUCUGGAUGAGGGGAUUCUUUCAUUCAAUCGUAUUUAUUGAGCGCUUACUGCGUGCAGAGCACACAGC